AUGCAAAAUUCGUGCAUGGUGCUUUAAAAUUUUUAAAAACAUAAGGAAAAAUAAGAUUACAGAGCUUUAUUAAAAAAAAUGUGGAUGAGGAGAGAACAAAAGCUUGACUUGCUUCAUUGACUUGCCAUGCAUCAAGAAAAGUAGAAUGCCACCACGUGUUUUGUGGUAAAUUUUAUCGAUUGAAUCAACAAUCCGACGCCCCCAAGUUGGCAUUUUCACAAACACCUUCACAGCAUGGCCCUUUUUUCCUUGAAACAUGCUCUCUUCUUCAUGUUUCUUAUCUUUACCACUGUCCACGCAUCAGAUGACCCUAUAUUCCUUCGCCAAAAUUGCACAACCAACGAAACCUUCACCUCCAACACCACUUUCCAACUCAACCUCCGCACCCUCUUGUCUUCCCUAUCUUCCCUUGCCACCCGAAACACCCAAUUUCGCAACGCCACCGUAUCCGGCGGAAGCCCCUCCGACACAGUCUACGGUCUCUUCCUCUGCCGCGGCGACGUGCCCCCUCAACUCUGUCAACAGUGUGUCCUGAACGCGACACAAAGACUCGGCAACCAAAACACAGAUACAUGCAAGUUUGCGAAAAGCUCUAUAAUUUGGUAUGACGAAUGUUUGGCUCGAUAUUCCAACAGGAACUUCUUCUCCACGGUGGAGACAAGGCCCAGAAUGCGUCUGCGGAACACCGCCAACAUUUCCGACACAAAAAGCUUCUUGCGCUUGUUGUACACCACCUUGAAUGAAACCGCAGACGAGGCAGCGAAUUCUUCUAAUGGUGACAAGUUAUACGCCACAAAACAAGCUAAUAUCUCUGGGUUUCAGACCCUCUAUUGUCUGACUCAGUGCACACCGGAUUUGUCACCCCAAGAUUGCAGAAGGUGUCUCAGUGAUGUGAUAGGGGACCUUUCCUGGUGUUGUCCUGGAAGCCAAGGAGGAAGAGUUUUGUAUCCAAGUUGUAACUUUAGGUAUGAGCUCUAUCCUUUCUACAGAAUGGAUUCUCCGGCACCCGAAGCAAAUGUUAGUCCUACAGCUUCUACGAUAAAAAAAGGUGAAGCAGGAAAGAGAGGCGUCUCAUCAGAGAUAGCAACUGCAACUUUUGUUUCAAUUGGUGUGACUUGGCUGUGGUGGGUAUUUGUUCUUAAGUGAAAAAGAGAAGGAAAGAAGAAUCGCUUUCAAGUUUCUGCAGAUACGCAAAGAAAAGUGAAACAAAAGAAUCGCUGCAGACAUUUGUACUUCAAUAAGCUCUGGACAGAAUGCAGUACUAUGCUUCAAUUAUACAAAGUUGUCUUAACAGAAAGAGUUUCUCAUUCUUAUGUAACUUCAAAUGAAUUAAUCAUAUUAUAUAGACUUAUCUUUAAUUUAAUUCCAAGAAAAUUGGAUGCGAAUAAAUAC